UUAGACACUUUAGUACUUAAGUGGGACGCAACCAGGCGGGGUGUGUUGAUGGACCGUUGUGUGGUGUGACCAUAUCGUGUGCGAUAUACAUACAUGACCUCCCCAAAGCUUGAGAUGUCAUUGGAACAUGAGAUUCCUGUGUUGAUGAAAAAGACGCAGAUGAACGGUGAUCGUGCGGGCUCACAGUGCGGUCUCACGUCGCUCCUGCCGAUGUCGUGUCGCGGGCGUGCCGCCGCCUUCGCGCGCGACCUACACUCGCGUCUACGCAACCUCGGCGCGCCACAGGACGACGACGGCGAGAGCAGCUGGCUCACCAAAGAAAAUGCCGCUGCUCAUCGUCCCGCCACAUCCGCCCAAUGUGACCACGACACCUUCUACGAUUUUGAAAUCGAAUGCGAGAGUCCGUCCAGCCCCGUGGAUGAAUUUGACGCCCCAUUUCCCGAACGAAAUACUAAUGAUGAUGAACCACCUUUCUACGAUAUUGAUUCCGAUCCAGAUAUCAAGGGACAAACGAAAACUAUGCAAACAGAUCAAAUAAAAAAUGGAUUCACAUUCUCCACUGCUUUUUAUACUGAAUCACCAAUAAAACAUCAACCAGCUCCUCGUGAAAAUGGACAUGCUGAUAAGCGGCUGUUCUCAGCUAUUACUUUUGAGGGUUGUGCGCGACAAAAUAGCCUGGAUGAAGUCGAUAAUGCUACAAUGUCUCCGGUGAUGGAUAUGGAUCGUCUCAGUUUACCUAAUCUUACGAGUGUUACCUUAGACAGUGAUUCAGAAUUUGAAUCUGCAAAAAGUGAACCCUCAGAUAUUGUCGAUGAAGUCUUUCAAAAUGAUAGAUUGGAAAAUGAUCUUACGGACUGCAUUGAAAAUUUGUCAUUUGCGGAAGCGGAAGUCACUAAUGAAGAAAAUUUAAUAGUAACGAAUAAUAAUGAUGAAAAUUGUACAGAAGAUAAUAAAGAAACGAACGGUUUAGAAAUUAUAACCAGUGAAGUGCUUAACGAGAAAGAAACAUCUCCUGUUCCAGAAAUUGAACCAUCUUUAUUGUCUGCAGAAAUCAACAUUGAAGACAAUGAAGACAUUGAAGAUUAUAGACCUCAACGAGUUCGACGUUGUUCCUCACUUAAAACAGGCAAAACGCCUCCUGGAACACCAGGAAGGAAAAAAAUUGUGAGGUUUGCUGAUGUACUGGGUCUAGACUUAGCAGAUGUCAAAACUUUUAUGGAUGAAAUUCCUGUUAUACCUACGUCUGCAUACGAUGAUCUCACUGGGUGCGACGUGGCAAGUUCUCCUCCAGUGCGGCCACAGCCUAGACUCGGCUCGCUUACGCUGGUUCCUCUAUUUCAGCUACCUCGUGAUGUUACGGAAAAACUAGAAUUGCAAAAUGUGUGCCUUGAGAGUGCGCGAGUGUGCGACGGCGUGCACGUGACCGUGUGCGGCUCCGUGCGGGUGCGCAACUUGGACUUCCACAAAACUGUACAUAUUCGAUACACUAUGAACCGAUGGAAAACCUACACGGACUUACAGGCUACAUAUGUGCAAGGUUCUUGUGAUGGUUACUCGGAUCGCUUCCAAUAUGUCUUAUAUGCACCUGCUAUAACAUCUGGGCAGAGAUUAGAAAUCGCUGUGCGAUUCCAAUGCAAAGGACAGCAGUUUUGGGAUAAUAACAGCGGCGCUAACUACUGCUUCGACUGUUUAGCAUUAGGUAUGAACACAGUUAUACAGCAGUCGCCUCCGGGGCCUCUGCACCCGAUCGUCGACUGGCAUCCAUCAUUCUACUGACACUGUGAGCAUUGUCCGAAGAGAUGAACAAGCCAGCAUCGGGAGGUCGAUGGCGAGCGAACGAGAACGGGCCGAGCGGGCCGGCGGAGCCCCGUGAGAGUCACCCGUUGCUAGUCACAUUCCUGUGCCUAUAUUAACUGUUGUCAGUUUGUAAGGCGAGAGUGAGCGUGGAGUUUAAUGAGGCUUAAAAGUUGUAAACUAUUUUUGUGAUAUGAAGUAGACUAGGAGUUAGAUAAGAAAUUUAAAUCAACGAACUAGCAUCUCGUUCAGAGUGCCAUCAGCAAUAUAGAUAUUUGGAGUUAACUAUAUUUUUCGUUUAGUAUUUGUGAACUAUUAGACUGUAGAAUAUUGUCCCCGAAGGCAUAAAACCUUCAACUCAGGAGUGGUCUGGCGGCGGGCGCGGAGCGAGCCCUCACUCUUCUGUUACUGUAAAUAAUUUAGUGCGAAUGAGAUUCGAAUUGUAUUUACAUUAUUUUAAUACGAUUUUAUACAAAACUACUAGCCUUAUGUAUUAAAUUAUAUCUAGGUCUAUCGUCGAUAUCAAUGCAGCUAAGCAUCAUCUAGGUAAACACGAUGUCUUAAUGAAAUGUAGACAAUCAUUCAUAGUUUUAAUCAUGUUGAGAUAAAAUUAUUAAAAAUAUAUCAACCUUUGUUAAAUCUUUACAACGUCAACGUCCUUUGAAUUUUUAUUGAAGCAAGCCUUUAUAGUCAGUUAUUUUCAUAAUGUAGGUAGCUGAAUGACGUUAAAGGUGUAACAGUUAAAGAUUACAAUUAUAAAUGUUUUAUAUUACUAUUACUAUAUGAAUGUUAUGAACUGAAUACAUUUAGAACCUAUUUUUAUAUUAACAACACAAACUCAUGACACAAUUUUCUAUCCAAGAACUGAUAAAUAGAAUUGUUGAUAUUCGGUUUGAGAUUUUUUUAUAUAGAAGACUAUUUUGAAAUUAUAUUAAUUUAAAUUAUUGUUAUUUUUAAGCAAUAAAUUGAAAUAUUUGUUAGGCCGUUAUAUUAUUAUAUAUUUUAUGUACCUGAAUUUUUGAAUUGUGGCCAUAUUAAUUUUAUACUACGUGAUGAAUUGCGACAUCGCUGCCUCUCCUAUUAAACUUUGUUCAAUAUUUGACACCUGUUUUAAUUUUAAUUUCUUACAUAAUAAUAAAUUAAUGUGCAUAAAUUUUUA